AUGGUGAACUCCCCUGAAGUCGUGAAUCCUGUGGCAUUGCCUGCAAAGAGAAAGGAGAGGUCCCUUUCAUCAUUAGUUGUUAGCACCCCAAGAGUAUCAACAUACACUAGAAUGACCGGAAGGAGAUCAAAAUCCAUUGCAAGAAAAGUAUCCAAGGGCUCUACAUUCACCACUGAAAAAUCUGUUAAGAAUACUGUUGAUGAUCCUCCUGAGAGUUCUACCUCACCAGAGAUGUUGAGCAAAUUAACUCAGCAUAUUAGGCAGAGCUCUGCUUCAGUCGAGCCAUCUAAUGAUCCUAGUUGCAAUAAGGGAAAGGGAAUUCAUUCUGAACAUUGGGAUGGAAAAAUUGAUCCCUGGAAGCCUCUGACUUGUUUGGUAGAAGCAGCAAACCGGAGCAAAUCUUCAAAGUUGAGCACACAAGGUUCUCUUGUUAAAUCUGAGGACCAACAUUUUCAUGACAAUGAGGGACCUAUAGGGACGAGCAAAAAUAAGGAACAAUGUAGGAAGUCAAAAGUUAAGGACAAGAAGAAUAGCAGUGAUAAUACCCCUAUGGAAUCUGAAAGACCUAAGAAUUUACGCAAAAACAGUCAGAAAGCGCGAGAGUCAGGAGAAUUUAAGGUCCCAGCCCAGGUUGUGCUAGAUGCAACAAGUGAUAAACCUGAAAGAAAAUGUUACCCGAUUUGGUUCUCCUUAGUGGCCUCUGAUGAGCUGGAAGGAGAUGUACCACCUCUGCCCCAGAUUUCUGCAAGUUACUUGAGAAUAAAGGAUGGGAGUAUACCGGUUUCUUUUAUUCAAAAGUAUCUCCAGAAGAAGUUGAAUCUCACUAGUGAAGUUGAGGUUGACAUAAAAUGCAUGGGACAAACAGUAAACCCCACAAUGACCCUAAACAACUUAAUGGAUCUUUGGCUUCGAAUGACUAGUGGGGAGAGAGUCUCAGCAACAGUUGGCUCGUCUGCUAAGGAUUUUGUGAUGGUGUUGGGUUACGCUCGCAAGCUAUGA